UUGAAGCCUUUUUACUCUGUCUGUCUUCCCUUUUCUUUCUUAAAGCAUCAAAGCCCUCCAUUUCUCCACUUUUGUUUUGACGCUUUAAAGUCAUCUCAAAUUUUUUUCCCAUCAACCAAACGCAAUCUGAUUAUUAAAUUUCCCGAGAAAGUUUCACGUAGCCGGAAACAAUGUCAGUUUCCGGCGACAGCAACUCUUUCCAGGAAAAACUGAGCUCAAAAACACCCUUUCUCGGCCUCAAACUCUACGUAUUCGUUGUAAUUCUCUUAACAUGCACGGCUUUACUUUCUUUGUUAAUCUGUUUAUGUUUCUGCUUCGCCAAGAACUCGAGAAAGCGGAAAAUGAGAGUCAAACACAGCUCAGGUUUAAUCCCAUUGGUGUCCAAAGAGAUCAUGGAGAUCAAAGAUCUGGGUCGUAACAGAUACAGCGAAAAACACGAGGGUAAAGUUGGAAAAGAGGGUGAGAUUGUUGUUGCCGUUGAAGUGGGGGCGAAGAAGAUUAUAAGUGAAGAAGAAGACAGCGAUGACGUGUCAGCUAAGACUAGUGACGUGUCGGUGGACAUUGGUUGGGGCCGGUGGUAUACCCUCCGGGAGCUGGAGAUUGCGACCCGUGGAUUCGCGGAGGAGAAUGUGAUCGGUGAAGGUGGCUAUGGUAUUGUUUACAGAGGCGUUUUACAAGACGGGUCUGUGGUGGCUGUCAAGAAUCUUCUCAACAACAAAGGGCAGGCAGAAAAGGAGUUCAAGGUGGAAGUUGAAGCCAUUGGAAAAGUUAGGCAUAAGAACUUGGUGUGUUUAAUUGGAUAUUGUGCGGAAGGAACUCAAAGGAUGCUUGUAUAUGAAUAUAUCAACAAUGGCAAUUUGGAGCAAUGGCUGCAUGGUGAUGUCGGUUCUGUUAGCCCUCUCACAUGGGAUAUUCGAAUGAAGAUUGCCAUUGGGACAGCAAAAGGGCUUGCCUAUUUGCACGAAGGUUUAGAACCGAAAGUUGUUCACCGUGACGUGAAAUCUAGCAACAUUCUUCUGGAUAGGAGCUGGAACCCAAAAGUAUCAGAUUUUGGAUUGGCCAAGCUCUUGGGAUCUGAGGCUAGCUAUGUUACUACACGAGUAAUGGGAACAUUUGGAUAUGUCUCUCCUGAGUAUGCAAGCACAGGCAUGCUUAAUGAGGGGAGUGAUGUGUAUAGCUUCGGAGUUUUACUCAUGGAAAUGAUUACAGGAAGGAGCCCAAUCGAUUAUUCAAGACCAGCUGGGGAGAUGAACUUGGUUGACUGGUUCAAAGGAAUGGUUGCAAGCCGCCGUGGAGAAGAGCUUGUGGAUCCUCUUAUUGAAGUUCAGCCAUCUGCAAGAGUUCUAAAAAAGGCAUUGCUUGUUUGUCUCCGUUGUAUAGAUUUGGAUGCGCAUAAGCGACCAAAGAUGGGACAAAUCGUUCAUAUGCUUGAUGGAGACGAAUUCCCUUUUCGUGCUGAACACCGAUCACCACGAGAGAAAGAUCCUACUCCUUCGCAUGAAACCGUGCCCAUCAAAGUUCAACAGCCACCGAAGCAUGCAGGAGGUGGUGAUAUUGAUAGGCAAAGAUGGAGAUGAUUGUUGUCAGGCUAAGGCAUGGUAGAAUAAUUUUUUCCACCUAAUUUACGAAGAAAAAAUCAUACAGCCUUUGAUGUGCAUAUAGUAUUUUAAUUACUUUACUUCCUUAUCCAAUUUUCUGUUACCUUUUGUCAAUAUAUCGCGGCAUUUUACAUUGGAACAAGCCUUGUAAAUAUUCACUUCAAUUUCAGUGUGUGAAAGUUUACCCUUCUGCUUGCUUGCUGCUUGUUUAUACAUACGUUAUUCCUGCACUAUCCCGUAGUCGAGUUUUUAGCUAAUUUCCGAAGCAAGAAGAAGAUAAGGAAAUACUUCAGAAUUCAGUUACCACCAAACCGAAAUUUCUGAGCUGGUUUAACCAAACAUGAUAAUGCUGUUACUUUCACAGACUGUUAUGGUUACAUCAGCUGUUUGUUGUAGAAAACUGCAGUAGCAAGCAAGCAAGCGAUAACUAUCUUUAGAUAGUUUGACGGUUCGCUUGGGACUCUUAGUUGUAUUACUCAAGAGGUCUUGAGUUCGAAUCCCCACGACUACUAAUAAAG